CAUUUCUAUUGGUUCCCAUUUCCCUAACUUUGCCCCACAUCUAUAUUUCCCACACUCCCCCUCCAAACCAACCAUUGAAUCCCAUCUGAUCUCACUUCCCUCUGCACUGCACACACCUGAAACUUCAAACCAAACCAAACCAAACAAUCCCAAGCUCUCCACAGAAAAAACCCUAAACAAAUGGCAGCAACCAUGGCAACAAUGGCAAUAAUCAACGCAAAGUGCUUGAGCUCCACCACCACCCCCAAAGUCACCACCAAGCUAACCGCAGCAAAACCCACCUCCCUCCUCUCAUUUCAAAACCUUCCAAAGGGCCUAAGCCUCUCAAAACCAAUUGAACUCCCCAACAUGUCCCCUUCCCUAGCCGGCACAGCCAUGGCAGGAGCCAUCUUCUCGACCCUCAGCGCCUCCGACCCCGCUCUCGCAGCCCAGCAGAUCGCCCAAAUCGCCGAAGGCGACAACCGUGGCCUCGCCCUCCUGCUGCCUAUCAUUCCCGCCAUAGCUUGGGUUCUGUUUAACAUUCUUCAACCGGCACUCAACCAAUUCAACCGCAUGACAAACAAGAGCGUGAUCGUCGGGCUCGGGCUCGGUGGGUUGGCUGCUUCUGGGUUCGUCUUGACCCCCGAGGCGUCCGCUGGAGAAUUCGCCAUGAUUGCGGCUGAUGCCUCCGCUGGCGACAAUAGGGGGCAGUUGUUGCUGUUUGUGGUGGCUCCGGCGAUUCUGUGGGUGCUUUACAACAUUCUACAACCGGCUUUGAACCAAAUUAACAGGAUGAGGUCUUAGGUGUGAGGUGAUGAGGGGCUUUUGUGAUGGGUGCGAUGGCACAAUUGUUGAUGAACUUGCUUGUAAUUGCACCUUGUGUUAAUGGCAUAUUAAUAUUCUCUCUU